GGUUAAGUUAAUACCAAAAAUUAGAAAUACCGUGUGUCACACGGUCAUUGUGAGACUUGAGAGCUCCGACUAUUAAACUCCCAUUUUUUGCGGUUUUAACGGGACUUAGACACCCCGCGGGGACUCGUGGAGGUGUUCGGGGUUUCCGUUAGGAGGAAAGUGCCGCACCGCAGCCAUGUUGGAACUUUACGCAAAGUGUAACUAUGACGACUGACUAACGUAACAAAGGCGGCAAUGGAGAUUUGAACUGUUGGCGCCCAGUUGACUGCAUUCCCUGUGGAGAAAAGGACUGAAUUCCCCAAUACUUCUGCUGCAAAAUCUGCAGCAACACCAGGGGUCCUGAAAAGUGUUGUAUUCAAAGAACUAUUGUCAUGUUGCACUGCAGGACCCGAAGUGUUGCAGAAAACAUGCAUCAGUAUUAGAACUAGUUCUACUACUGUGAAUGAUUCUGGAUGCAGUGGAAUGAAUCCCAGAGCCUCCAAAGUAUUGCCUCAGACUAGCGUGACGUCUUUAGCUCUUGCUAAAGUGAGUCAACAACUGGUGAAGCCUAUAUAUGCGAAUGCUUAUGUUAAGAAGUUGACUGAAGUAAAGACUGAAGCAGCGGCUCACGAGAGCAGUUCAGUAGCUACCAAAUGGAACAAAGGCAUGCCUGCAAGCUCUGAAAACAAGAGGCUACUGAAGGAGCCCUCCGAUGUAUCCGUUAGCAGGGAGAAGCCAUGGAGAAGCCUUGUCAAAGUUGGCUUGAAUCAGCUGAUUAUUGUGUCGUGUGAGGAAAAGCAACAGGUCUACUGUCAGCUCUGCUUAGUCAGGCUGAGAACGUCCAGUCACUCUACCAGCUUCACCCAUUGCUAUAACUAUGUGACAAUGAAGUAUCCAGAAUGGAUUACAAAUGUAUCAAACUUGGAAGACAGACUGGGAAACAUUGUGGACCAUUUAGCUGCAAUUGACAAAGACCUAGGACCACAGAAGCCACAGAAGGUGGAGGUGAAGAGGGACUUGUACCUAACGCUGGCUACUCUUUCAGAAAAAGAAGCUAUUGAGAAACUUAAAGCUAUUGUGAGACAAGGCCCUCUAGUCUCAUCCUCUGCAGCUGAAGGAACUUCUCAACAGAAAGUUUCAAUUUCCUUUGAAGUUUCCAGCUCAGAUGACGGAGUCUGUGUACAACAAAAGGAGAUUUCAACAUUUUCUGCUGAUAACCGAUCAGGGCAGAAGAGCAGAAGGCUGCAGCAGAUAAGAGAUCUUUGCGUAAAAGGCAGGAAUGUGAAGCAAGAAGACCUUCUUUUCCCUCUGGAAAGACGACUUAUUGGGAGUUCUUCACCCUCGCAUGGUGCACCAAAAGCUGUUGAUUGCAGCCUCCAGAAACAAGCAGGUAGCUUAGACCUCCUGACAGUCGGCAGCUUGGACCAUCGACAUGUGAUCCACCUAGAGCUGCACCUGGCUGCUUACAGCCAUGCGGCGCACUAG